GGUUCCAGAACGUUCCUGAUAUGCAAUACCAACCUACCUAAAUUUACAAUUCCCAAAAUAAAUCUUUAUUUUUGGCUCUCGUAUUGAUACUAGGUACGCGAAACUACCAGAAGUUUCCUUAUGUAUAAUAUAAAAGGUGGAGCACGUUGACGCUCAUCCAAGUUUUGUAAUAAACAAGUAACUGAACGAAUAAACACCAUGGGUGUUCACAACGAGGAAGCAGAAGUCUACAAAAACAAAGGUAACGAUGCCUUUAAGUCAGAAAACUACGAGGAGGCGAUAUCCCUUUACACCAAAGCGAUAAAACUCGCCGAAAAAGAUAGCCGGGACCUGUCUACUUACUACAAGAACCGCGCAGCAGCCUAUCUGAAAAACAAGCAGUAUGAGGACGUCAUCAAGGACUGCGACGAAGCUCUGAAGAUAGUCUCCGAAGAUCCCAAAGCCUUGUUCCGCAGAUCGCAAGCAUUGGAAGCCCUGGACAGAUUUGAGGAAGCAUACAGAGAUGCAAAGACAAUCUUUACUGUGGAGCCGAGCAACAAGGCGGUGCAGCCGGUGCUGGCGCGCCUCCACGCCGUGGUGCAGGAGCGCGCGCGGCUCAAUGCGCAGACCAGCAACAAGGUGGAGCAGAUGUUCAAGGUGGCCUUCGAGCUCGGCGAAGACAAGGAGAAGCGAGAGAAGGCUAUGGGCAACCUUCUCGUCCUUGCUAAAGAGAACUCCGGCGCUGAAAUCAUGUUCAAGACUGGUGUAGUUCACAAAAUCCAAUCACUACUUAAAGUGGAGAAAAAUGUUGACAUCUACAUCAAUGGCAUCAGGGUUAUAGGUCAGUUGUGUAAACACAAUAUUGAGAGAACUAAAGCUGUUAUUAAAAUAGUUGGAAUACCUUGGUUCCUUGAGAUUAUUGACAGUGACAUAGAGGACAGGGUGAAUGCAGCAGAAUACUGUCUUCAGACUAUCUUGGAUACAUUUUCUGGUAUGGAUGCCAAGAAAGGUACUAAACCUGAUGAAAAGCUCUGUGAAGAAAACAAAUCUGAAAUUGACACUUUACUAACAUGUCUCACCUACUCUAUAACCAACCGAGUCAUCACAGGUAUAGCUAGAGAUGCUAUCAUUGAGCUCAUUAUGAGGAACUGCCAUUACAACUACAUCAACUGGGCUGAAAACUUUGUUGAGAUGAAAGGACUGCAGAGGCUACUGGAAGUGUGCAGUGAGCUGGAAGAAUACAAGUAUGAGUCUGCCAUGAACAUCACUCCGUCAUCCCGAACCAUCGCUGCGGCUUGCCUGGCCAAAGUGUAUGAGAACAUGUACUAUGAUGCCGCUCGAGAAAUAUUCCAUGCUCAAGUAGAUGAGUUCAUUAAGGAUAAGCUAUUGAGCCCAGAUCUUGAGUCUAAAGUAAGAGUCACUGUGGCUAUUACAUCAUUGCUGAGAGGACCCCUGGAUGUGGGCAACUAUGUCAUCUCCAAAGAGGGCAUCAUGGAAAUGAUCCUGGUGAUGGCUCAGACUGAAGACCCAUUGCAGCAGAAAGUAGCAUGUGAGUGUUUAAUAGCUGCAGCUUCAAAGAAGGACAAAGCUAGAGCUAUUAUUGACAAGGGAGUUGACAUCCUCAAGAAGCUAUACCAGUCUAAGGAUGAUGCAGUCAGAGUGAGAGCUCUGGUUGGACUGUGCAAGAUUGGCAGUUUUGGCGGAGAUGAUGCUUCAAUCCGUCCAUUUGCUGAAGGCUCUACUAAGAAGCUGGCAGAAGCCUGUAGAAGGUUCAUGGUCAAUCCUGCUAAAGACAAGGACAUGAGGAAAUGGGCAGCAGAGGGCCUCUCCUACUUGACCCUGGAUGCUGAUGUCAAGGAGAAGCUAGUGGAAGACAAAGCAGCCAUUCAAGCUCUUAUUGAGUUGGCUAAAACAGGUGAUCAAUCUGCACUGUAUGGUGUAGUCACUACUCUGGUGAACUUGUGCAAUGCUUACGAAAAGCAAGAAAUGAUGCCGGAAAUGUUAGAACUGGCCAAGUUUGCAAAACACCAUGUUCCUGAACAGCAUGAGUUGGAUGACCCUGACUUCAUUAACAAGAGGAUCACAGUUUUGGCUAAGGCCGGCGUAACCACUGGUCUAGUGGCUUUGGCAAAGACAGAGAGUCACAAUUCACGAGAACUGAUAGCCAGAGUCUUCAAUGCAAUUUGUAGCCUUCAAGAACUAAGAGGUAUUGUGGUGCAGCAAGGAGGAGCUAAAGUUCUUAUUCCCAUGGCUUUAGAGGGCACCAACAAUGGCAAGAAGCAGGCCGCGCAAGCCCUCGCAAGGAUCGGAAUCACAAUCAACCCUGAAGUAGCAUUCCCUGGCCAGAGAAACCUGGAAGUGGUGAGGCCUCUCGUCAACCUCUUGCACCCUGAGUGCAGUGCCUUGGAGAACUUUGAGGCACUAAUGGCGCUCUGCAAUCUCGCGGGAAUGAAUGAGACAACUAGGAACAGAAUAAUGAAAGAAGGAGGUCUGUCUAAAAUAGAGCACUACCUGUACGAAGAUCACCUGAUGUUGCAGCGCGCAGCCGUGCAGUGCAUCUGCAACUUGGUCCAAUCUGAGGACGUGGUGAAGAUGUACGAGGGCGACAACGACCGGACCAAGUUCCUGUACAUCUUGUGUCAGGAUGAGGACGAGGACACGGCGAUGGCCGCCGCCGGCGCGCUUUGCGUGCUCACUUCCGUCAGCAAGAUUUGCUGCAGGAAACUGUUAGACGUCGGACCCUGGCUGGAGACCCUACGAUGCCUACUAGCCAACCCGAAAACUGAAAUACAAUACAGGGGUACUUUUAUGCUCAAUAAUAUAAUUAAAAGAGAUAAGGACAUCGCCGCAAAAAUAUUUGAUACCGACGUAAUGGAGAUCCUUAUGGCGCUCACGAAACUCGAGACUCCAGAGCAUGCGAAAAUUAAAGAAUUGGCCCAGAAAUGUUUGGACACCGCGGAGAAGAUGGGCGUGAUCAGGAAACCAGAUGGGGCUCCUUUGGCAGAUCCCUUUGAAGAAGAAGCCGGCUAUCAUUCCGAUGAUUAGACUGUAGUUUUAAGAUAGAGUGCCUUCAUGUCAUUUCAUUAAAAUAAUUUUGUUUGUGCAAUGUUUGUUAUAUUGAAUUUGUGUGAUCAUGAUAAGUAUUGGAAAAACGUAUUGUGAGUUAGAUGUUAAUAUAAUGUGUAAGAUAAGAAUGAACUAAUUUAUAUAAUAAAAUUUUAAUAUCUUUAUAAA